AGGAAGAAGGACAGAGAAAGCUGGACUAUUGCUCCAACUCCGUAUGAGGGACUUAAAACUCAUUACUGCCGUCCCGAUCGUUAAUUUGACCUCGUGAAUUUGUGUGGUCGUGCUGGACUGGAGGUAAGCCAUGGAGGAUGGGAAGCCAGUGUGGGCGCCCCACCCUGCCGACGGGUUCCAGCUGGGGAUGAUAGUUGACAUAGGAGCCGACACGCUCACCAUAGAACCACUGAACCAGAGGGGCAAGACUUUUCUUGCUUCAAUGAGCCAAGUCUUCCCAGCAGAAGAUGAUGUCAACAAACAUGUCGAUGACAACUGUUCCCUUAUGUACUUGAAUGAAGCCACUCUUCUCAACAACGUCAGAGUGCGGUACAUUAAAGACCACAUCUAUACUUAUGUGGCCAAUAUUUUGAUAGCUGUGAAUCCUUACUAUGACAUCCCCAAACUUUAUGGCCUUGACGCCAUCAAGUCGUACCGGGGAAAGUCACUGGGAACUCUGCCGCCUCACGUCUACGCUAUAGCUGACAAAGCCUACAGAGACAUGAAGGUUCUGAAGAUGAGCCAGUCCAUCAUAGUUUCCGGUGAAUCUGGUGCUGGAAAGACUGAAAACACCAAGUUUGUUCUUAGAUAUCUCACAACAACAUAUGGAAGUGGUCAAGAUAUUGACGAGAGGAUUGUAGAAGCAAAUCCCCUUCUUGAGGCCUUUGGAAAUGCAAAGACAGUCAGGAAUAAUAACAGCAGUCGCUUUGGGAAGUUUGUGGAAAUCCACUUCAAUGAGAAGAAUGCAGUCGUGGGAGGAUUUGUCUCACAUUACCUGUUGGAGAAGUCGAGGAUCUGCAUGCAAAGUAACGACGAGAGGAACUACCACAUCUUCUACAGGCUGUGUGCCGGAGCAUCUGAGGACAUAAAAAAGAAACUGCACCUGGACUCUCCGGACAGCUUCAGGUACCUGAACCGAGGAUGCACCAGAUACUUUGCCAGUAAGGACGCUGAUAAACAAAUCAUGCAGAACCGAAAGAGCCCCGAGCAUCUAAAGGUCGGCGCGUUCAAGGACCCUCUACUUGACGAUCUGGGUGACUUUAACAGGAUGUGCGUGGCCAUGAAGAAGAUUGGUCUGGAUGACACUGAGAAACUGGACCUGUUCAGGGUGGUUGCCGGCGUGCUGCAUCUGGGCAACAUUGACUUUGAAGAGACGGGGAGUUCUUCAGGUGGUUGCAUCCUCAAGAACCAGUCUGGCCAGUCUCUGGAGUACUGUGCUAAUCUGCUGGGUCUGGACCAGGAUGACUUGCGUGUCAGCCUCACAACCAGGGUCAUGCUCACUACAGCAGGGGGAGCCAAAGGAACAGUUAUCAAGGUGCCUCUAAAGGUGGAACAAGCAAACAAUGCCCGCGAUGCCCUGGCCAAGGCGGUGUACAGCAGCCUCUUCGAUCAUGUGGUCAAACGAGUAAACCAAUGUUUCCCCUUCGAGACUUCCUCCAACUUCAUCGGGGUGUUGGACAUCGCUGGGUUUGAGUAUUUUGAGCACAACAGCUUUGAGCAGUUUUGUAUCAAUUACUGCAACGAGAAACUGCAGCAGUUCUUCAACGAGCGUAUUCUCAAAGAGGAGCAAGAGCUGUAUCAAAAGGAAGGCCUGGGAGUGAAUGAGGUGCAUUAUGUUGACAACCAGGACUGCAUAGACCUAGUGGAAGCAAAGCUGGUGGGAAUUCUGGACAUUUUGGAUGAAGAGAAUCGUCUCCCUCAGCCCAGCGACCAACACUUUGCACUGGCUGUUCACAGCAAACAUAAAGACCACUUCAGACUGACGGUUCCCAGGAAGUCGAAGCUGACCAUUCACAGGAAUCUGCGGGAUGACGAAGGCUUUAUCAUCAGGCACUUUGCCGGAGCAGUCUGCUAUGAAACGACACGGUUUGUGGAGAAGAAUAACGAUGCCCUCCACAUGUCCCUGGAGAGCUUAGUGUCUGAAUCGAAAGACAGAUUUGUUCGAGAGCUGUUUGAGAACUCAAUCACCAACAAAGACUCCAAACAGAAGGCGGGGAAACUCAGCUUCAUCAGCGUUGGUAACAAGUUCAAGACCCAGCUGAACCUGCUGCUGGAAAAGCUUCGCAGUACUGGCUCCAGUUUCAUCCGCUGUGUAAAACCCAACCUGAAGAUGGUCAGCCACAAGUUUGAAGGAGCUCUGAUUCUCUCACAGCUGCAGUGCUCAGGCAUGGUGUCAGUGUUGGAUCUGAUGCAGGGGGGUUUCCCCUCCAGAGCCCCCUUUCAUGAGCUCUACAACAUGUAUAAACAGUACAUGCCUGACAAGCUCACACGCCUGAAUCCACGACUCUUCUGCAAGGCUCUGUUCAAAGCCCUGGGACUAAAUGACAAUGACUUCAAGUUUGGAUUGACAAGAGUGUUCUUCCGCCCAGGGAAGUUUGCAGAGUUUGACCAGAUCAUGAAGUCUGAUCCAGACCACCUUGCAGAGCUGCUAAAGAAAGUCAACACGUGGCUGGUUUGCAGCCGCUGGAAGAAGGUCCAGUGGUGCAGCCUGUCCGUCAUCAAACUUCGGAACAAGAUGAGUUACAGAGCUCUGGCCUGCAUUAAGAUUCAGAAGACUGUCCGCAUGUGGUUGUGUAAGAGGAAGCAUAAGCCACGUAUCGAUGGCAUGGUGAAAGUUCGAAAUCUGAAGAAACACAUGGAGCGGUUCAACAAGGUGGUGAGCGGGCUGACAGAGGGCAAGCAGGAGAUGGCCAAACAGGUUCAGGAGCUGGCGGCCUCCAUCGAUGCACUGUUUGCAAAGAUAAAGGCCACAGUGAUGACCCGCAAAGAGAUUGACACGGAGUACCAGGUGUUGGUGAAACGCUCCGAGCAGCUGCUCUCCUCAAUGCAAAAGAAGAAGCAGGAGGAGGAAGAGAUCGAGAGGCUGAAACGCAUCGAGGAGGAAAUGGAGAAAGAGAGGAAGAGGAGAGAGAAGGAGGAGGACCGACGCAAACAGGAGGAAGAGGAAAGAAGAAUGAAAACAGAGAUGGAGCUGAAGAGAAAACAAGAGGAGGAGGAUAGAAAAAAGAGAGAGGAGGAGGAGAAAGUCAUACAGGCCGAGCUGGAGAUUCAGCUGGCGCUGGAGCGUGAGGAGCAGGCCCAGCGCACCACCAUACUGGAGCAGGAGAGAAGAGACAGAGAGUUAGCCAUGAGAAUCGCUCAGAGUGAGGCUGAGCUCAUCACUGAGGAGGGGCAGAUGGACCCAAGCCUGCGCAGUGAUGAGCCUUUUUCAGAUCUUCCUAUCUCCUCAUCCUCAGCCAGAGCCAUGGGUCCUCAAGUUCAAGCAACCAAAGCUGCCGCCGGUGUGAAAAAGUAUGACCUCAGCAAGUGGAAGUAUGCUGAGCUGCGAGAUGUCAUCAACACUUCCUGUGACAUUGAGCUGCUGGCAGCCUGCAGAGAGGAGUUCCACCGCCGUCUGAAGGUCUAUCACGCCUGGAAGUCCAAGAACAAAAAACGUAAUGAUGACGGAAGUGAUCAGAGAGCUCCUAAAUCUGUCACUGACUACGCUGAACAGAACCCAGCUCCUCCAAUGACGGCCCAGCAUCAGGAAGUGGCCAUGAACCGCCAGCAGCGAUAUUUCCGCAUUCCUUUCAUCCGACCUGCAGACCAGUACAAAGAUCCACAGAAUAAAAAGAAGGGCUGGUGGUACGCCCAUUUCGACGGGCCCUGGAUAGCUAGACAGAUGGAGCUCCACCCGGACAAACGACCUAUUGUGUUGGUUGCAGGAAAAGACGACAUGGAGAUGUGCGAGCUGAGUCUGGAGGAGACCGGCCUGACCAGGAAGAGGGGGGCGGAGAUCCUACCCAGGCAGUUUGAAGAAAUCUGGGAACGCUGUGACGGAAUCCAGUACCUCAAGAAAGCCAUCGAGAACAAGCAGGCCCGCCCCACAUACGCCACCGCCAUGCUUCAGAGUCUCCUCAAGUGAGCCACAGCAGCGAGAUAAGCGUCCUCAAACAUGAAACACACAGACUCACAAACAUAAACGUGCACAUUCAGGGGCAGCCUGCAGUUUGUGGAGUAACAAAAGAGAAAGAUGCUUCCUAUACAAUCUCACUGCGGGCACUCAAUGUUUCAUCUCAUUUUUAAACACCUCUAUGUUGUUAAUGUUCACUUUUUAUAACUUUAUUUUGCAGUGUAACACCUUAUGGGUGUAGCGUUAGCAUUUGUCCUCCUAAGUUUUUGCUUGAUUGCAAUAUCCCACCAUGAGGCCUUAAAUUGUGACAUCACUGCACUACACCCAGGAAGUCUUAAUUGGUGCGUAGCUUAUCUAGCUGUUAACCUGAAACCUUAACGGUCUGCAAUAGAGCUGUUAGAGAUGCUUCUAAUAGUGUGGAACAAUCUUUGUCUUUUAAGUCAUGCUUUACAGUCUCCUGGAUAUCAAGGCUUUAAUUAUCACAUUUACACUUGAUUUGGUUAGUAAGAAUGUGAAUUUUCACAAAUAUGCAGCUUGAAAGGAGAGAUAAGAAAAAACUUCUCUAUCUCGGUUUUGCUUAAAGUGCUGAAAAAUGACAUAUCAUGAGCAGAAUAUCAUACAACUAAGGGAAAGUGAACAAAUUAUAUUUAUAUACAGAUUUCUAUACUAAUGUUAUACCGCUGACGUUAAAGGAUAACUUCAACAUUUUUAACAUGGACCCUAUUUUCCCAUAUAUGUGUGUCUAAGAGGCUGAUGUAAGCAACUUUUUGAAUUUUUGAAAUUGGUCGAGUAUUGAAUGAGUGGGCAGCCGCUGUGCAAUGAGCCGCAAUGUAAGCAUAUGGGGCAACUGAACACAGUCACUGGAUCGCCAUUAAAAGUGGUUAUAUUUGUCACAAAUAGACUCAGAUUGCUGUUAUAAAUAGCUGAAGUGUCUCAUUACCUUUGACUUGAUCUAGUCUGUUUGUUAUUGUCUCGUUAAGCCAAAGUCAUGUUCUGAAAUCUCACAAUAUCUCACUUGUUGCAGGAAGGAAACACUGGAAAUGUGUGAGAUUUGGAGUGUGGUAACCACAGUUCAAUACUACCAAUACCAAUUUCAAAAAAGUUUGUUCACAUCAAUCUUUUAGACACAAAUCAUUUGGGAAAAAAUGCCAGUUAUUCCUUUAAGUAUAAAAUAUGUAUUUCAGACCCCCAGCAACUUUAAUUUUAGACAUGAAAAAAAAGUUGAAUAAAAUCAUGUUAUGGCUACGUUUUCAUAACUUUUUCACUCCAUUUAGUCACACAGUCUCUUUUUUUUAUGAAAGAUUAACUCAUAAAGAAGUGCUGGGAUUAUUACCAAUUUAGAAGUUUCCUCUUUUUAUCAAUUCAUCAUUUUCUUUCUGCAUAUACAACUCAAAUGUUGAAAUCCUUGAAAAGGGACGUUUUUUUUUUUGUAUUGACAUUUGUUAUGUAAGAGGGAAGCUAGUUUUCAUGAUUGCAGUUUGUGGGUUUGGGGUUGUUUUACAGACAAUAAUGUAAUAUGUGUGUGUGUGUGUGUGUGUUGUGUGUGUUUGUUCAUGUAAUAUUUCAUCAGGCUGAUUACUUGACUCUUGUGUGUUGGUUAGAUCAGUAACAUCUCAUUUGAUUAUCAUGCAGUACCUUUAUUUGGGCUUACACUUACUAACUGAAGGUUACGACAAACUUUUCACUUCCAAAAUAUCUGGAUCUGGUUGUGUGUUGGCCUUUGCACUGGAAUACAGUAGAAAAUAAAUAUAUGCCCCCAUGCUUGUGAUUGCUUUUUCUUGCUAACUUACUGUAGAUAACUGACAAGUGAGAGCGAGUUAAUUCAGUGGUCAGUGCUCUGUAAAUGGAUCUGACAACCUGACAGUAACAGCAGCUGACCAGAUUUGCGCACAGAUUAAUUAAACAGCAAAAGCUAAUGUGCAGCUGAUGUUGUCACUCCCACUGAGUCGAUUAAAACAGACUUCAGGUUCCCUUUCGUUGAUACUUUAUAUUUGAGCUUUUUCUGCUUUUGUGGUAAAUUUACAGCAACAGUAUCAAGAGUACAAAAUAAUAAAAACAUUAAUGAGUCAUUGGUAGACCUUGAUUUGAAUACAAAUGUUUUUGUACUUGAGGGCCUCUUCAGAGCAUGCUUUCUUAAUAUUAGGUAUUUUAGAUUUUUCACUUAAUAUUAAGAAACAAUAAGUGAGUAGAUGUGUUGAGAACACUUCAUCAUCCCACAAAGAUGGCCCAUGCCCUCAAAGUAGAAAACAGGAUUGUUUUUACUUAAACUUUUAAUUAUGAAGUAAAUGUUGAUUGCACAAUGAAUGUAAUAGCAAUAGAAUAAUAACAGCAUUUGUUUUUGUGUUUUGUCUGCCACUUGGUACGACCUCCUAAGAAAAUAAAGGCUCGAUUUGCAGCA